GAGGGCCAUAAUCUGGUUCCCCUGGCUCGGUCGCUAUUGUCCAAGUUUGUGAGGCGGGUGGUCAGAGGCGUCAGUGCGCCCUCUUCAAUUUCUACGUACGUUAGGGAUAGACGUUCGUUAUGACAGAAAUAGAAACUAGAAAUGGCUCAGGCAACAUGGCAUGGACAUGAGCCACGAUCAUCUCCGUACUCCGGGCCUACCGGUCCUAUGAAACAUCACUGUAGCUGACCUGGUGAGCUCAUCCCGCAUUGAACGCAUUUGAAGACGGUUGAAAUCUGGUUAGCGUGUGAGGGUGCAGUGUAGCUGGCGCAAUGCAACAAUGGAACAUACUGCGUAGCAUACCGGAGCAAGCAUGAUACCGUACCUUACCCACAGGUGUUCGGCGUGUCCGGGUUGGCAAGUGGGGACACACUACGGUGUUACGGUGUUACGGUGUGCACUCCUCUCUGUCCGUACAGCCAAUAAGCUCUGCCGCAGGGACGAUUUGGGCAACCACACGAGCUGGGAUCACCUCUUUCCUCCGCGACAUCUCACUGCGCAUUCCAGGCCUGCGCACUUCGACUCCGGCGAAUUGACUCAAUUCAUAAAACAACACCAUCAGCUCAUCAAGAUGCCGAUGUACGGAGACCUAGGCAACAAAUUGGUGCAACACGCCAAGCGGACGCAAAACCUGGCGCAUCUGCCGGCGUACCAGACUGAGCUCGUCCGUGCCGUGACCCGGGAAGUGAGAGACUUGGACAGGGACACGAAGAACCUCCUCGAGCCGUUUCAAGGCUCGUUUGAUCCAUCCGCCGACCAAGCCACAGCCUGCACGCUGCUGGUCAACCACCUCGCCAUGCGCCGGAACAAGCGCUGCUUGCUUGCCUACCACCGCACCCGGACCGACAAGCUCGAGGAGCUCGUCUGGAACGGCGUCGACGUGCUUGAUCUCGCGGGCCAGCAAGCCGGCGGCGCGAAUGGCGCGGGUGUCGCUGAUGGCGGCGCAGGCGGCAGCAGCAGCCUAAGCCCGCAGGAAGAGGACUAUUUCCGCCAGUACGGCGACCUGCUGGCUGCAUACAAGGGGCAGUGGACAGACAUCGACCUGACGGGGAGCCUCGAGCCGCCGAGAGACCUGUUCAUCGACGUGCGGGUCUUGAAAGACGCGGGCGAGAUCCAGACAGAAUACGGGGCGAUCAACCUGACGAAGAACAGCCAAUUCUACGUCCGGCAGGGAGACGUGGAUCGCUUGAUUGCUCAGGGAUACCUCAUGAAACUUGGAUGAGCCGCCCUCUCAAGUCAAUCAAGUCCGUC